CCGUGGGUACGGCGAGACAGCGGGGAGCUGGGCUGGGGUGCGGCUGUGCCGGGUGCCCACGUUGCUUUCUCUGAGGGGUUCGGAGGGAUUCGGGUAGAUGUUACCACCGCCGUUCGUGUCCACAUAGUCUCUCUGCGAACCGCCGCUUUUGGUUCGUCGUCCCGCUCUGUGAAAACCGGAAGAAAGGAGUAAACUAUAAAGGCACGGAUCCCGCGGCAAUGGCAUUCAGAAUGCCCCCACUCUACCUUUUUUCUGUUGCCCGGUUGCCAAAGAUAGGGCUUCAUCCUUGGCUGCACAUGUGACCAAGCGCCACCAUCUCUGCCUCUUCCUCUCUGCCUGUGAUCAACUUCUUUCCUUCUUGUUCACGCAGCAAAGCCCACCGGACGCCCAUCUAGGAGGUCGCGGGCGGCUCUCUCUCCUGCCUGCGUUCAUCUGCCCCCUCCCCAAAUAAGAUUUCGUCGGAAGGUUCGACGUCUCUUUGUCUUCUCCGAUCUUGGGUAAGAGGUUGGUUGCCUUUACCUUCAUCGUCUGAUUGAGCCUUGUGUGUAGUUUGGAUUUUGCUUGGCCUUCCUUUCUAUGUUCGCUUUUGGAUUUACUGUGUGGAGGGUGGUUAAAUGGGAGACUUGGCGAACUUAAGAGGCGACACAGAAAUGGGAUGCUGCAGUUGUUUGGGCUUUCUCCUGGAGCCGAUAAAAUCGGUGAGGUCUUUUCAUGGCGUUCCUAAUCAGUUCUCGCUGACGGAUGGAAAUGAAGACGGCGACGGUUUCCUUUUUGCUGGGGACCCCCUUGAAGGCCACAUGAGACUGAUCAAAUCUCGACCAGUGUGUAGGCUUACCCCUGUCAAGGAAACCCGCGUACUCAUUUUGGACAAGGAUGAGGAUGGUAGGAAGAUUAUUAAUGAGUAUAUUCGAGAACGUACAUUACGUGUAGGAAGCUUGUGCAAAGUGGUUUUAUACCGAAACAGUAAAGAUGGAAAGAGAUAUGCAGUUAAGGCCUUCUACAAGUCCCGUUUGAUGAAGUUGCGUGUAGCACCUUCUGAAACUGCUAUGACUGAUGUACUAAGGGAGGUUUCAAUCAUGAAAAUGGUGGAACAUCCCAAUAUAGUUAAUCUUAUUGAGGUGAUUGACGACUCAGACCAAGAUCACUUCUAUAUGGUUCUGGAGUACGUAGAAGGAGAUUGCAUAUGUGAGGGUUCUGGUCCACCUGGUGGAAUUGGGGAGGACACUGCCAGAGGAUACUUUAGAGAUAUUGUUGCAGGACUCAUGUACCUCCAUGCCCAUAAUAUUGUACAUGGGGACAUAAAACCUGAAAACCUGUUGGUCACAAGUGGUGGCAGAGUGAAAAUUGCUGACUUUGGUGUUAGCCAUGUCUUUGAGGAUGAUAAUGAUGAGCUCCGGAGGUCACCAGGGACACCUGUCUUCACAGCACCAGAAUGCUGCUCAGGUUUAACCUACCAUGGUAAAGCUGCUGAUACGUGGGCUCUUGGUGUGACGUUAUACUGUCUGCUCCUUGGGCAGUGUCCCUUUAUUGGCGACACACUUCAAGAGACAUUUGACAAGAUUGUUAACGAUCCAUUACCUCUUCCAAGAGGAACGGAACCUGAACUAAAGAAUCUACUCGAAGGACUUCUCUGCAAAGGCCUGUCUUCCUAACUCCUCCCUAUUAUGUUGCACCAAUUUCUCUUGAAUGUGGCUUUGGUAACUCAUGCUGAAUGUUC